GUCUGCGAAAACACGUUAUUUAUUGUGAGGCCAUUACAGCACCGGUUGUUUACAUCGGAGUAAAUGGUUGUCAGUCAACGACUGAUUGUGUGGUAAAUAGGUAUCAAUUGGUGAUCAUUGGAGACAACAGACAGAGUAGUGAUGCCUAAAGUAAGACGGGCCCGAAGUAAGCCGCCCCCCGAGGGCUGGGAACUGAUUGAGCCGACACUCGAGGAAUUAGAGGCAAAGAUGAGGGACGCGGAGACGGAGACACACGAAGGCAAACGCAAGACUGAGUCCUUGUGGCCUAUCUUUAAGAUCCAUCACCAGAGGAGUCGCUAUAUCUAUGACCUCUUCUACAAGAGGAAAGCCAUCUCGAGAGAGCUGUACGACUACUGCCUUAAGCAGCGGAUCGCAGACCAGGCGCUGAUCGCGAAGUGGAAGAAACAGGGCUAUGAAAACCUGUGUUGUUUGCGGUGCAUCCAAGUGCGGGACACCAACUUUGGCACGAAUUGCAUCUGUCGAGUGCCGCGAGAGAAACUCGAAGACCCCAACGGAACCACUCGUGAGUGCGUUCACUGCGGAUGUCGUGGCUGUUCUGGUUAGACAUGAUUCGCACCAUUCAUUCAAACGAAAUCUUGUCUUUUAUUUGAUUAUAUUAUAAAUGCUAUCAUUUCGUACUCAUUAUUGACAACAACUUUAUAAUGAAUUACUUAUAAAUACAACAUUAUUUCAAUUUAACUAAACAUUCAAUUAAUUUGAAAAUAAAUAUUUCAAUUUAUGGACAAAA